AAUUUUACAAAAUUUUGUCAUUUUCCAUUAAUUUACCCAAGAAAUAAAUAAGUAUCCGUGUUCUAAACUACCGCAGAAAUUGGAGUUGAGAAAGAAAUCAAGAAUUCAGAUACCUAAUUUUUCUCCUCAAAUCGUCAUCAAAUGCCUCUGAAACGAUUUCAAAAGCCCGACGCAGCGUCCCAAGUAGAGAAAUACCUGAAAAAAAUCGGGCUAGGAAAGGAAGACCAUCAUUUCUGGAAGCAAGUAGGCAAAGCUCUAAUAAGCACUUAUGCUCUGUUUGGAGCAGUGUGGUUUCUGAACGAGACGUCGCCGUUUGGGUGGUGGACGCUGAAGCCGAUGCCAAAGGAGGAGAAGGAGCUGGCUCACCUGUACGAGCGCCGCGAGUUCCCUUACCCAGGCGAUGCAGAGGCGAUGGAGGAGUUCGUUGCCAAGGGAGGGAUGAUCGGGACCACCAUCGGCCCAAAAGGGAUCGUCGAAACGGAUAAAGAUUCGUACAAUUUUCAGAAGGAUUUGCAGGACAAGAAGCUGGAUCAAGAGGCUAUGAAGCUGUGGAUGAGGAUGAGAAAUGAGGUUCUGUCUGAGCUGCAACAGAAAGGAUUUGAUGUUGAAUGAAUGCAGCUGGUUUUGGAGCUUUUUUCUAUUUGAAAUUGUGAUGCUUAUGUUAUUAUGUAAGAGAUCAUUUUCCAACUACAAAUAAAUAACCAACCAUUUGCUGGUUUGGUUGCUGGAGCCACAUAUAUAUGGCUGAAAGGGUUGUAAGUUCAAUUUUAUUAUCACUCAUCGACUUUUGGAUUC